AUGGCGCCAUAUGGGCAUAACUACGCGGAAACUACUAAAGAAUGGCAGCCUCUUUUGGGCAACUUGAACGGAGAUGUUGAACAAACAAGGAAAUGCAAGUUUUUCAAUUUGUUAAGUGAAAAGGUCAGCAAGUCUUUGAAAGGUUUCCAAGAUUUUACAGUGAAAGCAUGGGAAAUGGGUCGUUCUGAUCCCAAGAAAGUCAUAUUUGCUAUCAAGAUGGGAUUAGCAUUGUCAAUUGUAUCCUUGCUCAUAUUCUGGAAAGGAUUCAAAGAGGACAUUUCUCAGUAUUCAAUCUGGGCAAUCUUAACUGUCAUUGUGAUGUUCGAAUACAGCAUAGGAGCAACAUUUAUAAAAGGAUUUAAUCGUGUAUUGGGCACAAUAUGUGCUGGAAUUCUUGCCUUUUCCUGUGCUGAGCUCUCUAUUUUGGCUGCCGGUCAAGGAGAAGAAGUCCUAAUUGUUUCAACUAUUUUUAUUGCAGGGUUCUUGUCAUCCUAUUUGAGGCUGUACCCGACAAUGGCUCCUUAUGAUUAUGGUUUUCGAGUAUUCAUAUUAACUUACUGCAUUCUUAUGGUUGCUGGGAAUCGAACACGGGAAUACACCACGGCGGUCGUAACUAGAUUAGUACUUAUUGCACUUGGUGCUGGUGUUUGUUUUGUCGUAAAUGUGUUUAUAUACCCCAUCUGGGCCGGUGAUGCAUUACACAGUUUGGUGGUGAAAAAUUUCACGGACCUGGCUGUCUCCCUGGAAGGUUGUGUUAAUGGGUACCUGAAAUGUGUUGAAUACGAAAGGGUUCCCUCGAAAAUCCUGACAUUCCAAGCUUAUGAUGAUCCACUUUACAAUGGCUACCGAUCGGUGCUGGAAUCUACAAAAAGAGAAGAUACUCUGUUUGGCUUCGCUAUCUGGGAACCACCUCACGGUCGUUUCAGAAUGUUCAAUUAUCCUUGGAAAAACUAUGUCAAAGUGAGUGGUGCACUGAGGCAUUGUGCAUUUAUGGCCAUGGCUCUACAUGGAUGCAUUCUGUCAGAAAUACAGGCUCCUGCAGAAAGGCGGCAAGUCUUUCGUAGUGAGCUCCAGAGAGUUGGAGAAGAAGGUGCAAAUGUUUUGCAGGAGCUUGGAAGCAAGUUAGAGAGGAUGGAAAAACUAAGCCCUGGAGACAUACUAAAAGAGGUGCAUGAAGCAGCAGAGCAACUACAAAAGAAGAUAGACCAAAAAUCGUACCUUCUAGUCAAUUCUGAGAGCUGGGAAAUUGCAAGACAUCCUCAGGUAUUUCAAGACCUUGAAAAUCUUAAAGAGAACGAGAAUACUAUGUUGGGAUUUAAGUCCGCAAGUGAAGCAGUAUUGGACUUGAGGUCACUUACUCUUUCUACACCUUCGAAAGACUCUCAACAUAAUUUGUUUGCGAAAGAAGCAUCUCGGCCUUCCUGUUUUUCUUUCAAUGCCGAUGCAGGAAUCGAAGAAAGUGAGUGCAGAUCAUAUGAAAGUGCAAGUGCCUUAUCUUUAGCAACAUUUGCUUCGCUUUUGAUUGAAUUUGCUGCAAGGCUUCAAAAUGUAGUUGAAUCAUUUGAAGAACUGAGUGAGAAAGCCAACUUCGCGGAGCCUAUUAUGAACUCUGCGGUUGUUAAAAAGAAAGCUGGGUUUUGGAUCAUUCUGUCUAGGUGCUUCGGGUUACAAAAUUAG